ACACGGCAAAUGAAAGGAAGUUGGGGUAGACAGUCCGGAAGGAGUCCUGGUGAUUUCUCUGUUCCAGAGAGACAGGCAGGCAGAAGAAAUCUCUCUUUCUAGCCUUUUCUGCCAGCAAGAGUUUUGAGCAUCCUUAACCACCAUAUUUGUCAUCCCCACCAAGACAGAGGGGAUGCCGCCAGUCUUUUGGCUCACCGUGACCACCCUGGUCUUCCUGAAGGUGUUCUGCAGCGCCAUGGAUCUGGCCCUGGAAGGCGCAUGGAAGGGAUGGAAAGAAAUCCACGCCAAGGACUAUCUUGAGGAGGAAGAAACUUUCCGUCGGAUGGUUUGGGAGAAGAAUUUGUGGAGAAUUGAACAGCACAAUUUGGAGGCAGCUCAGGGGAAACACAGCUUCCUGCUGGCUAUGAACCACUUGGGUGAUCUGACAGAUGAGGAGUUUAACCAGAUGUUGAAUGGUUUCCACCCCGAUCGGGCCAAACAGCACGAAGAGAGAGUUGCCUCAUUCCCAGAGUCAGCCGCAAGGGAGACGCCCAAGGAAGUGGACUGGCGCACAAAGGGUUACGUCACCCCUGUAAAAGAUCAGGGACACUGUGGGUCCUGCUGGGCCUUCAGUGCCACCGGAGGCCUGGAAGGUCUGCUCUUCAAGAAGACGGGCAAGCUGGUUUCCCUGAGUGAGCAGAACCUCAUGGACUGCUCCUGGAAGCUGGGCAACCGGGGCUGUCGCGGAGGGUACAUCACCCAGGCCUUGGAGUAUGUUCGGGAAAACGGAGGCAUCAACUCGGAGCACGACUACCCUUACCAGGAGAAGGAGGAGUUGAAAUGUCGCUACAACCCCGAGGCCCGGGUGGCCAACUGUACCUCCUUUGUGCAGAUUCAGGCGGGGAACGAGGAGGCCCUGGAGCAGGCCGUGGCCAUGGUGGGACCGGUGUCCUUAGCUGUGGAUGCGCAGAGUUUCCAGUUCCAUUUCUAUAAGUCAGGUAUCUUCACAAGCAGCUGGUGCGGCCACCACGUCAACCACGCCAUGCUGGCUGUGGGCUACAACACCACGCAGGAGGGUGGCACGGCCACAAAUUACUGGAUCCUAAAGAACAGCUGGUCCGAGAAGUGGGGCGAGCAGGGCUACAUGCGCCUGGUGAAAGGUGUCGAUAACCACUGUGGGGUAGCAAAUCAAGCGUGUUACCCAACUGCGUAACACCCUGCUUGCCUUCCCGUGGCAUCGUUUCUCCCCAGAGCUUCUCCAGAGCUUCAACCCUUCCAGCUGAGCCAUUCCUUGCCGGCAUCGUUGCCCCAGAUGGGGUUGAAAGUUUCAAUGAAAUGUGCUUCUUCCUGGUUCCUGAUCCUACCCUUUUCCAUGGUAGGAAGAGUGCUCGGUUGUUGUAAAAAGCUUCCUGCUUCUUACGAUGAGUGGUAUACAGGACACAGAUUUUAAUAAAUGUUCUGUUGAACUUGCCA